UGCCAAAAAUAACACCUCCUCUUGUUCAGCACCCAAAGUCGAAGGAUAGCUCUGGCCUUUCAAUUGAAGAAAGUGCUAGAUUUGUCAGUGUUGUAUAAUAUAUCCAAUUCCGAGUGUCCAUAUGUGUUUUGGAGCGAUCGGAAUUGUCUUAAUUUAAUGUGAGAGACAGAACUGGCGUCAAACAUGCGUAAAAAUCAACGCUAUCCAAGCAGGGAACCACCGAGAAAGGAAUUAUCGCCGCUCUUCUGAGGCCAAUCUCGAUUAUUUUUGUCAAAUAAGGAAACAUAACAUAGCUAGCUAGCGAACGUUAGCUCCGUAGAUAGCUAGGUUGCCGACAUAUCUUCACACAAAAGCAGAAUCCAGCAGAUAAUCAACAUUGGAUCUACAUUCGCAGCAGCAGGAAAACCUGUAGGCAGCAAUGGGUGCAUUCCUGGACAAGCCGAAGACGGAGAAGCAUAGCGCCCACGGUGAGGGUAAUGGACUGCGCUAUGGCCUGAGCUCCAUGCAGGGCUGGCGGGUGGAGAUGGAGGAUGCCCACACAGCUGUGGUGGGCCUCCCCCAUGGACUCGCCGACUGGUCCUUCUUUGCUGUCUACGAUGGCCACGCAGGCUCCCGGGUGGCCAACUACUGCUCCGGCCACUUGCUGGAACACAUCUUGUCAGGAGGGGCCGACUUCAGUUCAGGACCCAGCUCCGUGGAGGGCGUGAAAGAUGGCAUCCGCUCGGGCUUCCUGAACAUUGACGAGUACAUGCGCAGCUUCUCUGACCUGCGGCAGGGCCUGGACCGCAGUGGAUCAACAGCCGUGUGCGUGUUGCUCAGCCCGACCCACCUCUACUUCAUUAACUGCGGCGACUCUCGGGCCGUGCUGAGUCGAGACACCAAGGUGGGCUUCUCCACCCAGGACCACAAGCCCUGCAACCCCCGUGAAAAGGAGCGCAUCCAGAACGCUGGCGGCUCGGUCAUGAUCCAGAGGGUAAAUGGCUCCCUGGCUGUGUCCCGGGCCCUGGGGGACUACGACUACAAAUGUGUGGAUGGUAAGGGCCCCACGGAGCAGCUGGUGAGCCCUGAGCCCGAGGUGUGUGUGUUGGAGCGAGCGACUGAAGGAGACGAGUUUGUGGUGCUGGCGUGCGACGGAAUCUGGGACGUCAUGUCCAACGAGGAGCUGUGUGAGUUUGUCCGCUCACGACUCCUGGUGUGUGACGACUUGGAGAAGGUCUGUAACUCAGUGGUGGACACCUGCCUGCAUAAGGGGAGCAGGGACAACAUGAGCGUGGUGUUGGUGUGUUUCCCCGGAGCUCCCAAGAUCUCAGAGGAGGCCGUGAAGAAAGAGGAGGAGUUGGAUAAAUAUCUGGAGACGCGUGUUGAGGAGCUGCUGGGAAACUGUGGGGAGGCUGGAGUCCCUGAUCUUGUGUCUGUCCUGAGGAGCAUUGCCACAGAGAACAUCCCCAACCUUCCACCUGGAGGAGGCCUGGCCAGCAAACGGAGCGUGAUCGAGGCGGUGUACAACAAGCUGAACCCUCACAGAGAAGAGGAAGGGGCCUAUGCGGGGGGAGAGGAGGAGAGUGAGGAGGGAGGUGGCAGCACGGCGGCUCAUCUGCUGGAGGCUCUGCGGCAGUUCCGCCUGCACCACCGGGGGCAGUACCGCACGGUGCUGGAGGAGUCCCUGGCCACGUAUCACCUGCGGGGGGAGAGCGCUGCCGAGGGAGCAGGGGAGGGCAGGAGGACCUACGAUGACGAUGACGACGGCCAGGAGCGGCCCGCCUCCCCUCCCUCUCCCCCUUCGCCCCCGCCCUCACCUGCCACUGCAGAGCCGGAGGCCUGCCAUGAUGCCCCCGAGUGCGAUACCUCCACUGACUGAGCACCCCGCCCGCAUUAACCAACCAUCCCAUCUAUACGACCCCCCCAGAGCGCUAGUCAGAUGUGCUAUGACCUCUCCUCCUCUUUCCUUCAUCACAGAACUCGAAUGGACACAUCGGCCACUCCCUAUCAUCAGUAGCCUCCCAUUGCUAUUCAUGAAUAUUUUAAUAACGCAAUGGAGUUAAAAAUGGCCCCUCUGUCGAUUUAAGUUCUGUCUCCCAACCACGUAUAUACCUCCCACCUAAUAAGGACUCUUUCUCUCUUGUGUGUGUUUGUCCUCUGACCAUCCUGGCUUGGAUCCCCAAACUUGCCAGCCACUUUUACAACUCACAGACUGAUGUUUACAAUAGAACAUAAUCAAUAACAACUUGCUCUUAAAUGCAAAAGUGGCUGGUGAAGCAGAAAUGAACCUUGCACUCCAUGGCCUAUAUUUACCAGUAUUGGCUUCUGGCUGAUUUCCCACUUGAACCCCUCCUCCCUCCCCUCUCCCCCCCCAGCUUCACCCCCACUCCUGCUUACAGUGGACGAACUCACCAACAAAAGGAGAGGGGACCUCUCUGAACUGCAACUGUGUUCAACACACCGUCUCCAGGCUAUCUACAGACUCAGAACACACUCUUUUGUGUAUAUGUUCCUGUGUGUAUGUGUUGUCUGCAUGAGUGUGAGUGAGCAAGAGACCCAACCAUCACUACUAACCGUUGUGUUUAUGGUGGCGGGUGAGUGUUAGCCCAUUUAUCGGCAUGUUCGGAGAUGCUAGGAUGUUCGAAGCAUUGUGGGUACAGAAAAACGGGGCAGUUUAACACCGAGGAACACUUGUGUGUGAGAGGGUUGGUGGAUGUGUACUUGUAAUCUGAGCUUCAUUUCAUUAAAAUCGUUCCAUAUCGAUUAUUAGCACAAAGGGGUUAAAGCUGCGUCCUGGAUGGAAUGUAAAUGAGCAAAGCAGCCAUAACAUUAACUUUUGUUUGAAUGAACAGUAAAAGACUGUAACCACGCUAGAACUAGUGCACUUAAGAAAACAAAGUAUAGGAUGGAAGAAAAAUGGCGAGAAACCUUCCAAAAGAUAAAACGGCGGCACCAGACAAAAGGUCAUGAAGAGCCUAAAAUCAGAGGGUUUAUCCCUUUGUGUAGUGUGUUUGUUCUCCUUAGAAGUAGUUUGUUGCUCUGCAGUGCACCACAAGGUGUGACGUGGCUCAACUUUUGUCUGUCAGCUCAAAUCACAGCUACUGUUGACAUAGAGAGACCUGGGUGGUGCCAUAGAAAAGCUCAGGGAGGUGGCUCUGCACUGCACUGUAACGGAGGUGUGGAGACUAACCAGACGUACGUUUGCCAAAAUAACCAGUUCGUCUUCAUCCUUCCAGCCUUUGUCUCGUCAAACCAAAAGAUGCUGUUUGAGUUAAAGCCCUAAUCUCACCUUUGUGUUGCAUGUUGAGAUUUGUUUUUUUGGGCGGGGAAAGAGCUCGUCUGUCUCUUGUGGACACUGCAGGAACAACGUCAUUUUUCAACCGUAGCUCUCGUCAACCAACCUAGGUUAAGUGUCACAAAUGUGAGAUUAAUGCUUUUAUCAUAAAUGUUUUCAAACUGUCUGUGUUAGAGAAAAGGGAAGUGGUUGGUUUAGUGCAGCUUUUCACAGGAAGUAUGUGAGAUGGAUGACAGUUGAGCUUGGUGAAGCUGUGCGACGCUGAAUGUGAUAAAACUUAGAUGAAUUCCUCAACAACAACAUGGCCUCUCUUCUGGCUAACAUGUGUAAACAUGCCUACACUUGGCAUGUUAGCACACAUGGUCACUGCAAGUUCAUUGAACAUUUUAGUAUGUGGCCUGUUUUCAUGCUAACAUUCCUCAUGUUAGCCUGCUAAUAUAGAGAAGUGUUUUAUGUUAACAUGCCAACAAUUAGCAUGUUAAUAACCGUUUUAGUAUAUGGCUUGUUGGCAUGCUAACAUUCAGUAUGUUAUAUAAGCUUUUAUAAGCUUGCUAAUAUGAUGAUAUUAUGUUAACAUGCCAACAAUUAGCAUGCUAACAACUGUUGAAAAUUGCCAUGCUAACACUUAACAUGUAACAUUUUAGUAUAUGGCUUGUUGGUAUGCUUGGGUUGGAAGUGUUUAUCACUUUAGCCUGACGAUGUGGCAGUGUUUGUAAUGCUAACAUGCUAAUGUGCUGUCUUAGAUGGAGAAUUGUGCCCGCAGAUGUUUCUUCCAAAUACUCAUCCAUCAUGUAGUUGUGAGGAUAUUGAACUUGGAGGUGUUCAGUGUGGUUUUAACUGCGGCAGGAUGUGUUUCUGCUCGACAACAGCACACUUAGAGUUCAUUUCAUACCUCGGAGGUUAUGACGGAUCAACAAAAAACCACUCUGAAACUCUUUAGUUUAUUAUGAACGUCUGAUUCGAACAGUCUGAACCGACAGUGUUUGUUUUUCUUCUUCCUCUUUGAAAGCAGGCACAGGGAGGUUAUUGUAAGCCUACAGUAUAUAAUGCCCAGUACCCAGCAACUCUGGUAAUGCAUGCACUGCACUUAUCAUGUCAAUAUAAGGCACUUAACUAUCAGGGGGGAGGUUAUGCUAAACACUGUGCGUAUGUACGUGCGUUUGUGUACGUGUGAGUUGUAUUUGUAUGUGAUUACGUUGGGCCGAAUCAGUCCCACACGGUCAAAAAUGACAAAUGAACAAAUAAAAAUGAUUUGAGGUAUAAUGCUA